GGCGCUUGGUGGGAGAUUCAGCCUGGAUCCUUUUGGAUCCUUUUAGCCGAGUCGAUGCCCGAGCGGACGCGUUUGAAACGAGGUGCUGUCGAAUAAGAAACGAACGAACGAAAAACAAAUUUUAUUUUGUAAGUGUUCGACUCUCUGCAAUUAUUUGUUUUCCCCCGUCGACGUUUUGUUUUUGUUUGGUGCGAUCGUGAAAUAUUUUUUGCGGGCAACCAAAUUUUUGCGGGUUUGAUUUCGUCGCGGAUUAUUGCGGCCACCACCGCCACCCCCCUUUCAAUCAACAAUUGCUUCUUCCGUGUUAAUCCGAUUCGCAUUGUGGAAACUUAUAAUUUAUUUGUCGAAACAAAACGAUAAGACAGUGUAAUUCGACGCAAGAGUUUUAGUUUUCAUGACAUGGCCGACUUUUGAUUGAUUGAAGUCGAGUGCAAGUGACUUAAGGAACUCUCGGAACUCUUGGACGGGAGUUUUUUCCCGAUGCCCGUACAGUUCCGUAUGUGUGGAUAUGCGUGUCUUUGACGUUACUAUUGUCCCCGUGUCCUCGUCUGCUGUGUUUCAACCCCCCCCCCUCAUGUGACGUGUCUUGUGUGUGUGCCGAACCGUUUCGUGCGUCUUGUCUCUCGGUUCCGGAUCCAUUGAAAAUCGGAAGUUUUUCUUUUCUUUUUUCUUUUGGUUUUUUUGUUUAUUUAUUUUUUUUUCGUCGGCAAACGACAAGAAAAAGUUGUUGGUAUGGUUGUCCGCUACUGACUUCUUGUAACAACUAGUGCUAGUAGGGGGAAGCCCAUCAAAUCAAAGGAUCCGCCAUUGAACAUACUAAUUUUCUUACUUACUUACUUUUUUUUCAACUUUAAUUGAAUUUGUCUUAUUUUCUUGCACGUGUCGUUUGGGCGUAGUAUAACGAAGAAAAACCCUGGGUGGGUGGCGCUCAUCAGCAGUCAGGCGGUGAGCUCCGGCUCUGCUUGUCCUGUGUGUCGUUACUCGAAUGACUUUUCUUCUUCUUCUUCUUUUCUCUCCUUCGCAUCGGCCAACGUCGUCGUCGUGUGGUGCCAUUUUUUUUUUUUUUUUGUUAAGUAUUUGGGAGACUUUUGCGACUCGCUCGACUAGUUUUUUCUCCGCACGACUCCAGGCGCGCUGGUUCCGCAAUCAAUCCGACAACGGCAAUGUCUACAAAACCGGACGAAAAAAAAAAUCCAUCGACAGACCUGAUUUGAAAAUUUUCCCUGAAUUAAUCUAUCCAAAAUUGGUGAAAUCGAAAUUUGUACAUUGGCGACCAAUUGCUAGGCUACCGUCAAAUACCUGCCUAGGACCUUUUUCAAUAUGUGGCAAUCCGCCUCGUAAACGAUUAAAUUUCUGGGUUUGUAACACCUAUCCAAGAAGCAAACCACAAGUGAUUCAAAUUCUCAAAGAAAACGGAAUAAUAGUAACCGCAGAUCUGUUGAAGAAAUUCAAUUUCUCGGUAGAAGAAUUUCAAGCCGAUUCGAGACUUUUUAAAAGAAAAAAAAAGGGAAAAAUGAAACAAAGUACUUUGAAAAAAAACCAGAAUGAACCAGAAACGUGCAAUCCGCCGUUUAUUGAUCUUGAUGUCGAUCAUUCAUAUCUCGGGAAAAAUUUUACCGUUAAAUCGUCUCCAUCACUUAAAAACGAAGUCUGGAUCCCAUCAGAAGAAAAUGCGAUUGACGGGUCAACUCUUCAAGAAAAUUGUGAGCCAAAAUUACAGGCAUUUGAGCAGUAUUAUUCUGACAAAUCUGCCUCUUUUCACACAUAUUGCCUCGAACAACUGUCGUCCAGUGACGAUUUACCUGAAGGUUGGAGUGGUGAUUGUCUGAUCUGUCCAGGCAAUGCUGCUUUUAAAUGUUACAACGCCAACAACAGCCUCUCCUGUCCAAAGGAAAGUAUUGAAUGGAACGAAAUGUUGUCCAUGUUAACAGGUGUUUCGCAUUUGUCGCUUCAAGAGAAGAUUGAAACGCUCACAUGGCGAGUUUGCCCUUUCUAUGGGAUCUUGGAAAUCUUGGCGUCCAAUGUUGUUGUGUGGACAACUAAAGUAGCGACGGUCGACGGACCGAUUUUCUCAUUUUGCGAGCGUUACGUAAGUCGCAUCUACCGCACGACAACGAAUUCAUGCGUAUCCUGCGAGCACAAUUACAUAACAACGCUAUUUCCACCAACUCCAAGAAUUCUUGAUAUCCCAAAGAAAGAUGUGCCCCGGAAGAACAAGACGUUAGUCUUCUUGUGCGCCCGGCUAUCGGCUGGGAAUACAUUGACCGUUGGAUACUUUGACAAAUUGGUCGCGUCACUAGAACAAAGUGAAAGCAAUCCAGGACGGUUUGGUAAAUUCAACCGUCCCGGGUUGCCGGCAGGAAUGGAGAUUGUUGGAAAAUUUGUUGCCCGCGCGACUGCAACUACCAAAAUCGAAACAAGAUACGCGCGAACCAUCAAGGCUCUUCCUGAUUGGCUACCGAUGAAUCUGUUGCCAGAGUUCAUCUUGUAUCGCUACUGGCCGGGAAAUUCAGUUAUCAUAGGAAUGACUACACCUGCCUGUUUGACCGUUUCGCCAAAUCAUCUAAAUAAUGGAUUUAAAACACUUCAUUGAGGAUCUUUUUGCCCGUGGCAUUCCACGAGAUAGCCUCUUCUUCUAUUGCCAUUGUCUUCAAGCCAGGAAUUCGAAGUCCCGGCCAUAGUUGUGACAACUUUAGCUGCUUGUUGGUUUGUGUUCAAAAUGGCUUGUAGACCAUCAGUACCUAAAAAAACAGUGAAAGAAAUUUUUUAAAUUAACAUCCAACAUUGGAAAUUCUACUAUACCAGAUUUACUGGAGUAACUUGGAGUAGAUUGGAGUGAUUUUCGAUUGAUUUUCAAGUCUUAAAACUCCUGCCAAUCUCUGAUUCACUGUGUAAAAAAAAGCAAGAUGGAUGCGAAUCCAGGCCUAACAAUAAACAUAAUGUAGUAAAA